CUCUGCCUCCCAACUGCAAUUUUUUUUCUAGAAGACCACAUAUCCAAGGUCACGAGUUACUGGGGGCUGAGUAUUUUAGAGACAUAGCUGGAAGGCUUCUACAUCUUUUUGAGGUCAGGUUUUUCCACUUUCCCUAAACGAUUGAUUCUUGCUCCCCGCACUUGGCACGACUGUGUAUCGUGUUCCUAUGGUCCUCCAGCCUGUAGGCGGCGCAGCGUCUCUGUACCGGGAAUCUUCGGAGGGUCGGCAGUGACUGAGGGAAGUGGAGAGAGAGUGUGGCGCAUGCAUCCUUUGGUUCUGGCUCAAUGGCGGGUAGCCACGCAGGGACGUUGCGAGUCCUGCAGGCAGUAGACACUGAGCUUACCGCGGACUCGGUGGAAUGGUGCCCAGUAGAAGGUUACCAGCAUCUGCUGGCCUGCGGAACCUACCAGCUGCGAGCGCCCAGGGACCAGGUGCAUGACCGGGAGGGUGAAGCAACAGGGGCAGGAGAAGAGGGACUGCUAACCUCAGGGGCCUAGACUGUGAAAACUAAUGGGAAGGGUAAAGUGUAUCUUUCGGGACCGUGCCUACUUCCGGGAGGUUUCCUGAGCAUCCAAAACAACCACUUAAGAGUAGAAUUGCGGCGGUGUACCUGCAGCCUGCACUGGAUGGCAGUGAGCCUCAAGUUCGUUUAGGUCGUCUCUACCUGUUCAGCUUCAGUGAGCACAACACGGCUAAACCUCUGCUUGAGGUCCAAAGAAGGGACUCUUCUGCUGUCCUGGACAUGAAAUGGUGCCACAUCCCAGUCUCUGGCCAUGUGCUUUUAGGCUUGGCAAACGCCAGUGGAUCCAUAGGGCUGCUCCGCCUGAUGGAAUGUGAGAACAACAGUUACACCCUGCAGCCAAUAUCCAGCCUCGCCCUGGAUGAGAAUUGUCUGUCCUUGUCAAUGGAUUGGUCCACUGGGAAAUCUGUCAGGGCCAGAGAACAGCCCUUGAAGAUCAUUAGCAGUGAUUCUAAGGGGCAGUUGCACCUCCUGAUGGUGAAUGAGGGCACAGCUGAACUACAGCUAGUAGCAUCUUGGCCAGCCCAUCACUUUGAGGCCUGGAUUGCUGCUUUCAAUUACUGGCAGACAGAACUCGUGUAUUCAGGGGGAGAUGACUGCCUUCUGAGAGGCUGGGACACUAGGAUGCUGGGCACACCUGUCUUCACUAGCAAAAGACAUUGCAUGGGUGUGUGCAGCAUCCAGAGCAGCCCCCAUCAGGAGCAUAUACUGGCAACUGGAAGCUAUGAUGAGCAUGUUCUGCUGUGGGACACUCGAAACAUAAGACAGCCAUUGGCGGAUGUACCAGUGCAAGGAGGUGUGUGGAGGCUCAAGUGGCACCCAGUUCACCACCAUCUACUCCUGGCGGCCUGCAUGCACAAUGGCUUCAAGAUUCUCAACUGCCAGAAGGCCAUUGAGGAGAAGCAGGACAUAACUGUUUUAACAUCCCACGAAAUGCCUAACUCAUUAGUAUAUGGGGCUGACUGGUCCUGGCUUUUCCAUUCCAUGAAGCCCACUCCUACCUGGUUCUUUGAUCAGAAUGACAUGGGAGUCAAAGCAGCAGACCACUCUAGCCUAAAGGUCACAGAGGAGCCACCAAUACAUUCUCAGGAACAAACCAUGGAUCGCCAAGUGGAAGGCCCCGCUAACGCUCAUACCAGAGCUGAACUGAAGGCUUCUCUCCUUCCAUUAACAGAGGACAUGAAAAACAGCAAAGACUGCUCCUCAUCCUCAGUCAAGACUCGUGAUCUUAGCCACUGCUCUGGUGGGCAGAGCUUUGACAAUAGCCUCCUGGCCACCUGCUCCUUUUAUGACCAUGUUCUCCACCUUUGGAAGUGGGAGACGAAUCAAGCUCGCACUCUUUGCAGUGGCACUGGAUGUGAUUUGGGGAGUGCUGACCAUUGAGAAUGGACUCUUGUGUUACUGUUUUGGCAGUGAAUUUCCAGCUCUACAACUAAGUGUUCUGGGUAUAUUUUGACUUUCAGCUCUUCAUUUGUAUUAAGUCCCUGCUUACAUUAAAUAACUUUUUUUUUUUUUUUUAAUUUUAGAAAUCUGUAA